UGUUUUUCUCAUCUGCAAGAAAAUGGAGCCUAUAAAUCUCUGAUUAACACGCUAUUACUUUUGCCUAUACAUAAAAAUCCUCUGCAUUGCUUAUCUACUUUUUUUCUUGCAAGUCAUGGCUCAGGAGAAGAUUGGUAUUGCCAGAGAUGUCACUGAAUUGAUUGGCAAAACCCCAUUAGUAUAUCUUAAUCAUGUUGUUGAUGGUUGUGUUGGCCGUGUUGCUGCUAAGUUGGAAAUGAUGGAGCCAUGCUCCAGUGUUAAAGACAGGAUUGGUUUUAGCAUGAUUACAGAUGCUGAGGCUAAGGGCCUUAUCACACCAGGAGAGAGUGUCCUAAUUGAGCCUACUAGUGGAAAUACUGGCAUUGGAUUAGCUUUCAUGGCGGCCGCUAAGGGAUACAAGCUCAUACUUACUAUGCCUGCUUCAAUGAGUCUCGAGAGAAAGAUUGUUCUCCGGGCAUUUGGAGCUGAGUUAUUUCUAACAGAUCCUGCUAAGGGAGUGAAAGGGGCUAUUCAGAAGGCUGAAGAGAUCUUGGCUAAAACACCUAAUGGGUACAUUCUUCAGCAGUUUGAGAACCCUGCAAACCCAAAGAUACAUUAUGAAACUACUGGACCAGAGAUCUGGAAAGGCUCUGAUGGGAAAGUUGAUGCCUUUGUGUCUGGAAUUGGUACUGGGGGAACAAUAACAGGUUCUGGAAAGUUUCUUAAAGAGCAAAACCCUGCUAUCAAGCUCUAUGGAGUAGAACCCGUUGAGAGUGCUAUUUUAUCCGGAGGAAAGCCUGGGCCACAUAAGAUCCAGGGAAUUGGAGCUGGUUUUAUUCCUGAAGUAUUGGAUGUCGACCUUAUUGAUGAAGUUGUUCAAGUGUCAAGUGAUGAAGCCAUAGAAACUGCAAAGCUUCUUGCUGUAAAAGAAGGAUUGCUGGUGGGAAUAUCAUCUGGUGCUGCAGCUGCAGCUGCUAUUAAAAUUGCAAAGAGGCCAGAAAGUGCAGGAAAAUUGAUUGUUGUAAUUUUCCCUAGCUUUGGAGAGCGAUAUCUGUCUUCAGUGCUGUUUGAAUCAGUGAGACAUGAAGCUGAGAACAUGACCUUCGAGAUCUGAGUCUGAAUUUCAGAUUGCAAUGCAAGAUAAUACUUGAUACACUGGUUUUACAAAAUAAUUAUUCUGUUCUAUAUUUUUACUUUUGCAGCACAGGGAGAUGAUUGGUACAUAGUUUCCAAGCCUACAAUUUGUAUAUGGCUUGCAUUGAAUUCCAGCAAUAUCUUUCCCUCGUUGCAUGUAUCAAUCUUUGCAGAACUAAGAAAUAUAAAGAAGUUGGUUAAACCGUGAAA